AUGGGUCUCUUUAAGAAGAAGAACAAAGAAGGUGAGGCAGCAGCCAACCCUUACGCUGCGCCUGCAAAGAACGAUCCAUAUGCGAACGCAGCACCCCCAGCGUACAGCGGAGGCAACGAUUCGUUCCGCCAGGAGAAGAGCCCCGCUGUGACAGGCCAGGGUGGACAAUUUGGAGGUCGCGGUUACCAGAGCGCAGGCAACUAUGGUGCAUCCGGUGGCUAUGGCGGCAACCAGUUUGGCGGAGGCCCUGCAGACCAGGGCGCCCCUCGCCGUACUGGAGGCUACGGUGGCAUGGGCAACGCCGACCCGAACAACGAGGAAGAACGUUCUGCCCUGUUCGGAGGCGCAGCCCAGAGACAACCGAAGCAGCCACAACAGCAGCCACCCCAAGAGAGCGGCGGCUAUGGACAGCAAGGAGGAGGCAGCUCCUACGGCCAGUCGGGCGUUUCUGGUGGUGGUUACGGAGCUCCGGGAGGCUACGGCAGCGGACCAGCAUACGAAGACCGACAGUUGACUGCAGAGGAGCAAGAAGAAGAGGACAUGAUGGCGACAAAGAGCGAAAUCAAGUUUAUGAAGCAGCAGGAUGUGUCCUCCACCCGAAAUGCGUUGAGGCUCGCGCAACAGGCUGAAGAGACGGGUCGUGAUACUCUCGCUCGUUUGGGAGCACAAGGUGAGAGGAUCCACAACACAGAACGCAACUUGGACAUGGCCUCGUCGCAGAAUCGGAUCGCGGAGGAGAAGGCACGUGAGCUCAAGACGCUCAACAGAAGUAUGUUCGCGGUUCACGUGGCCAACCCUUUCACCACCAGUUCAAGGCGCGAGGAGAGGGAUCGCAAGAUCAUGGAAAAUCACCAGAACGACCGUGCUCAGAGAGACGCGACUCGGGCGGCCGCGUGGCAGAGUACGGCAAGGCAAGACGAGUACAAGAGAGGCACGCAAGGUGGAAACACAGGGGGCAAAUCCACACUGGCAGACCGUGCAAAGUACCAGUUUGAGGCUGAUAGCGAAGACGAUGAGAUGGAGAACGAGAUCGACGGCAACUUGGAUCAGCUUCACGGAGCUGCGAAGCGACUGAACGCUCUUGGUAGAGCCAUGGGCCAGGAGGUCGAUACUCAGAACGAGCACAUCGAUCGCAUCACGCGGAAGACGGACAAGGUGGACGACCAGAUCGCUAUGAACAGGGCCCGUCUGGACCGCAUCCAUUAA